CAAAACGACACAUCUAUCACAAAUUGAAAGAUCUGCAAAUAAAUACGACGGUUUCACCUUUAAUCGUCCUUGACGUUGAUCAUUAUCAUUUCAUGAGAAAAUGGAAAUCGAUUUUACACGGUCUCCUAAUAUACCGUGUCUCUUCUCAAAGCUACCAUCCCCAGACACGACCAACUGUGUAUCCUUUAUCGGAACAACCUGGAUCUCUACAACCAUUUUUCGAUGACGUUCUCAAAAGUGGAAGUGUUGAUAAUGACAUGCGCUAUGAAUGGUUGCGAUUAAGAACUUUCUCAACAAUUACGUUACGUGCGUCUCUGAGUCCCAUUCGUCUCGCCCGGUCUGGAUUUUACUUCACCGGAAAUAACCAAGAAUGUGUAUGUUUUUCUUGUGGAAUACGUAAUGGUGAUUGGACUAGCGAUGACGUCACACAAACCCAUCGUCAGCUGUCCCCAAAUUGUCGCCAUUUAAUCGGAACGAAUACAACCAACGUUCCAAUUGGAUCCAAUGCAAGUUACGAAUCUGUUCCUAGAAAUGCUGAAUAUAGUUCAAACAGACCGGGCUUUAGACGUGACUCGACCUCCGAACAACAACAAAACACAGCUUCUAGAGAGACAUUCCACAUACAAAGUCUUCCAUGUACUUCAAACAGACAGCCGUCUAAUUUUAGGAUGGAUAAUCUGAGAGACACACUAGAGCCCCUUGGAAUAGUUCUAGACAAACCAAGAUAUCCGUGCUAUGCCGUAAUGGCAACUCGGGUCAGCAGUUAUCAACAAUGGCCCUCACAUCUGAUACAACAACCGGUAAACCUGAGCACAGCUGGCUUCUUUUACGCCGGAUAUGGUGACUAUGUCCGGUGCUUCUUUUGUGGUGGAGGCUUGCGAAAUUGGGAACCUGAUGACGAUGCUUGGGUAGAACAUGCCCGGUGGUUUCCGAAAUGCCCGUUCCUAUUACAAAACCGUGGUCAAGAGUUUGUAACGCUCGUGCAAAGUUUCGAUUCCGAAGAUCCUGACGACAUCCCGCCCCCUGUAACGAGACAGAACGACGGAUCACGACAGAAUGAUGACGUUGAGCAUCUUCCGGCUGCACGACAAGUUUUUGAAAUGGGCUUUGCAUGGAAUUCUAUACGAAAAGCGUACGGGAAACUGAGGAAAAUAAAAACAGAUGUAUCCACAUCAGAAUUACUGGAGGAGAUCUUGAAUGAGACAUCGCUAACUGAGUCAAAACGCCCCAGACAGCAGAGUUCCCAGACAGAGAACAUGAGUUCUACUGCCAUGUCUUCAGAAAUAUCCAACAAUGGAGAAACAAACCCCUCCCCUGUGUUGCAUGGUACAUCAGAUGAAACCCAAUCUCUGCUGGAGGAAAACCGGCAGCUACGAGAACAAAGAUUGUGUCGGAUUUGUAUGGAGGAAGACGUCACUGUAGCAUUUCUCCCUUGUGGACAUUUGUGUUGUUGUGCUCAGUGCGCACCUGCGAUGCGCAAGUGUCCAAUUUGCAGAGCUUUCAUAAAGGGCACUCUAAAAACAUACCCAGGACUUAGGAAAAUGUUGGUGCUGUUGUUUUCCGUGCUAAUUCUUAUCGUAUUACUUGCGACAUUUUGUGAGCAAGUAAGAAAAUCACAGUUUAGAAAGUACAAUAGAAGAUCAAAUGGAGUGAAAAAUCGUGUCAUUUCAUUACUGUAUGCUGGGUUUUAUUUUCAAAAUGGCUUUCAGUUCCAUUCCAAUCAUAUUGACGUGUAUCCAAUUUCUGAACAAUCAAACUCGUUGGACACAUACUUCAGUGCUUCUGUUGACAGCGGAAAUGCUGUCAAUGAAAUGCGUUAUGAAUGGCUCCGAUUGCGGUCAUUUUCCACAUUCCCCCUAUCAUCUCUGAGUCCAGUCCGACUUGCUCGGUCUGGGUUUUACUUCACUGGGAGAAACCAAGAAUGUGUUUGUUUUUCAUGCGGAAUACAUAAUUCUAAUUGGACAGGAAAUAACGUUACAGAAAUUCACAGACAACUAUCUCCAAACUGUCGCCACUUGCAAGGACGUAAUGACACAAACAUACCAAUCAGAGCAAGAGAGAGUUGUCAGUCCAACGAGUUACAUUCCGAUUCUAACUCAUGUAGAGGUAACAACGAACACAACUCGUGUAGAGGUAACAAUGAACACGUGCGUGAUGCACAACAAAGACAAUCCGAAAAUCAUAACAUAAAUUCGCCAAAUCGAACGAACUGUCAAAACCAAGCCUCACCCAAUUCACAAACUAAUGGUUUAAAAGAAACUUUAGAGCCACUUGGAGUAGUAAUAGAUAGGCCGAGAUAUCCCAGCUAUUCCGUUCUGGCUACCAGGAUCAGUAGUUACCAGCAAUGGCCGUCACAUCUGACACAGACACCGAGGGAUUUAAGCACUGCAGGCUUUUUUUAUGUUGGUUAUGGCGACUAUGCCCGUUGUUUCUUUUGCGGAGGUGGAUUGCGGAAUUGGGAAUCUGGCGAUGAUGCCUGGGUGGAACACGCCCGAUGGUUUCCGAAAUGCCCUUUCCUGAUUCAGAAUCGUGGUCAGGAGUUUGUAACACUUGUACAGAGUGUUCAGGAGGAAGAAUCGGAAGAUAUACCGCCACAAGAGCAGACAGAACACGUGAGAGACAUCGAGCAACUUCCGGCUGCUCGAGAAAUCCGGCAGAUGGGGUACACGUGGGACACAGUUAAGGAAGCCUAUCGAAAACUGAACAGAAAUAGAACAGACGUGUCAACAGCUGAGUUGAUCGAGGAAAUCCUGGCAGGAGACGUCCCUGCACCAUCAUCUGGGCCAGUAGUGAAUAAUAACCAGGGUAUCCCUCCAGUAACUUCUGUUGAUCCUUCCUUACACAAUAGAAACGAAACUAAUGGAGCACAUGAUUCUUCAGCGACGGCGAUGAUUGAUGAAUUAGGAGCUAUGAGCCUGAGUGAAGAAACACAGUCACUGAUGGAAGAAAAUCGAAGACUGAGAGAGCAGAGACUCUGUCGGAUUUGCAUGGAAGAGGACAUCGCGAUUGCUUUUCUUCCCUGUGGACAUCUAUGCUGUUGUACCCAAUGUGCACCAGCGAUGCGUAAAUGUCCCAUCUGCCGGGCGUUCAUCAAGGGUACAGUGAAGACAUUCCCAGCCUGAGAAUAUACAGAGAUAUGCUAAUUAUUGGUAUCUAGGCUCUUGUUUUAAGCAUUAACUACUGAGAAAACAGAUGUGCUAAUUAAUGGUAUCUAGGCUCUUGUUUUAAGCAUUAGCUACUGUGAAAACAGAGAUAUUCUAAUUAUUGGUAUCUAGGCUCUUGUUUACUGUGAAACAUUCUUUGUGUUUCAUUAAUUGUUCACAUCAUAUGAGUUGUCUCUCUUUUUCUACAUAGAAAUAUGAAGACAUGCAGGACUGUGCAGUUACAUGUAUUAUAACAAUCAGAAAGUUAGGCAAAAUAUCAGAAUGUUUAAUUUGAUUUAAUACUUGCAAUUCAGCAACCAUGUACACCAAACAUCACUGUUUAUAUGUGUUGUACAAAGAAAGCUUGUGUUUUGAGUAUGAAGAAAUCAUUUUUACAGUAACUUUCAUUUAUAAGGGUAAGACAUAACUUGUAUAUUGAUUUCUAUGUUGUUGUAAAUAUCGUUAGAAUGUGUCUCUUUGUUCUUACUGAUAACAUAAUUUCUGUUAUGUACGUGUAUUAGUAGUGAGGUAGCACAUCGUAUUGCAGUAAUCUAUUCAGCUGUUGUAACUUGUAUUGAUAUCAAUUCCUUUGUGGUUUUCUUGUUAUAUCCAUAUAAAAAUCUUUAUACAUCUAGUUUACCUUUUCUUUUGCAUUUGGGUUUUUUGUGCUCAUAAUAAAUGUUGUCAAAUAAGA